AUGGGCGAAUACAGCGAUUUGUAUUUAAAAACAGAUGUUCUAUUAUUAGCCGACGUUUUUGAAAAUUUCCGCGAUAAAUGUAUUGAAAGUUACGGUCUCGAUCCAGCGCAUUAUUACACUCUCCCCGGAUACACGUGGGAUGCGAUGUUAAAAUAUACUAAUAUCACUUUUGAAUUGCUUAUUGACAUAGACAUGGUAAUGUUUAUCGAGCGCGGUAUACGCGGUGGCUUAAGUCAAUGUUCCGGCAGAUACGCGCAGGCUAAUAACAGGUACAUGCAAACGUAUGAUCCAUUGAAACCAUCGUCAUACCUUAUGUAUUUUGACGUUAAUAACUUGUACGGCUGGGCAAUGUGUCAACCGUUACCAUACACCGAAUUUCAAUGGAUCGAGGACGUUUCGAAUUUCAACGUAAACGCAAUCGCUUCGGAUUCACCCACAGAAUAUAUUCUUGAGGUCGAUCUCGAGUAUCCUCGAGACCUUCACGAUGCACACACCGACCUACCCUUCUGCCCGACGCGCGAUAAACCACCCGGCAAGCGUGAACAUAAACUUUUAGCAACUUUAUAUGAAAAGAAACGUUACGUCAUCCACUACCGAAACCUGCAGCAGUGCACGCGUCACGGUCUUCGUAUCGCAGAGAUACACCGCGUGUUAAAAUUCGCACAAUCUCCAUGGCUCUGCAAAUACAUAGAGUUAAACACGCAAUUCCGAAUCCGUGCAAAAAAUGAUUUUGAAAAAAACUUGUAUAAAUUGAUGAAUAAUGCAGUAUUCGGAAAAAUGGAGAAUGUGCGUAAUCACGUAGACGUUAAAUCAUUGACGAAAUGGAAGGGUCAGUAUGGUGCGGAGGCAAUGAUUGCGAAACCCAAUUUUCACAGUCGAAGUAUUUUUGCCGAAAAUUUAAUUGCUAUCGAACUCAAAAAACUUCAGGUGAAAUUCUACAAACCGAUCUACGUAGGCAUGUGUAUCUUAGAUAUUUCUAAAACGUGUCUAUAUGAAUUUCACCACGAAUACAUGCUACCGCUGUACAAAAACAAAUGUAAAGUUAUGUACACCGACACCGACAGUCUCAUAUACCACGUCGAGUGUGAGGAUAUUUACGAGACAAUGAAACGCGAUAUCGCUAAGUUUGACACGAGCGAUUAUCCCGUCGACAACGCGUACGGUAUGCCUCUCGCGAAUAAGAAAGUGCCUGGUUUAAUGAAAGACGAGAACAAUGGCGCAAUAAUGACCGAGUUCGUUGGACUUAAGGCAAAGAUAUAUGUACGCAUUGAAGGUGGAUGGAAGGAACGAUACUAA